CCCAAAUAUCUUUCUCUUCAUCAGCUCAGCUCCGAUCUUAAUUUCUCGGCCAUCGACUUCACCUGAUCUCUUCAAUCAUCCAAGAUCUGUUAUCAGAAUCUUCCGCCUUCCUCAGUUUCAAAUCUCAGAAACGUUUGGCUGUAGAAAGUUGAAUCCGUUUGGAAUUUGAGGAAAGAUGUACGGGAGAAAAGCAAGUGAGUUAGUGAAGGAAUUUGCUAGUGUUGAGCAUGGGCAGAUUUUUACUUUCAAUAAUGACCUUUUCGCUCAAGUGCUGGAAGAAUGUGACGGACAUCUCCUUCACCUUCAGCCUUUAAUGAGGAAAAUACAAGAGCACGAAGAUAAAUUGAAAGAUAAAAAUAGAUCACAAGAGGAGAUCGGAACUUCAGAAGAUGAAAUGAGUAAAUCUCAAGCUGAGAAGACACUGAUCCAAAAUGCUCUGAAAUCUGAUCAGUUUGGGGCACUGGUCCAUCACCUCUCACUAGUUCGGAAUAAGCGCUGUCUCAUGGCUUAUGUAUAUAAAAGGGCAGAAGUCAUCAGGAGCUUGGGAUGGAUGGUCGACAGUGUGCUUCCUGAAGAAAUUCAAGAGAAACUUAGUACUUCUGAAAGAGAAUAUUUCAAAAAUCACGCUGCAACUCUACAAUCAUACAUGGCAGAGCUCGACCUUCAUCUGACUGUGGAUAUGAUUCCUCCAAAGGAUCCCUACAUAAAGGUGAGAGUUCUCGAUGAUAUUGGCGAGAUUGCACUGAGUGAUCAAGUAGCCAACUUAGCGCGGCAUGCAAUCAUGUUCUUGCGAAGAACUGAUGCAGAGCAAUACAUCACACAGGGCCAAAUGGAAGAGCUCACAGGCUGAUUUCAAUGAAGGGUGUAAUGUAUGACACUGUUUCAUGUUUUAAGCUGUAGUAGAAACCAAACUGGUGAAGGUCCAUUUUUCUUACACAUGUCAACUUCACUUGCACCAUAUUAUGAGAUUCGUAUGUCAAAUUGUCAAUAGCUUGUUGGUGUGUGUGGUGCACGUAAAAACUAUGGAUGUCAUGGAUAAAAAAAUUGUUGAAAAAUUGUGCCUAAAUUGUUA